GCGAGUCCUGGUCAUUUGCACCACCUGCGCAUGCGUCGUUCUUGUGUUGGGUGUCUUCGCUUUCAGGCACUACCACUACGAAUACAAGUUGGCACGUCUCUUGUGGAAAGUGGAUAUGGACGAAGUGGUCGUUCUCCGCACCAACUCGGAGCUUAGCUUCCAGAACACAAACGGUGGCAUCCUGGAGACCACACGCCUGGGCUUCGCGUUCCCGGACGAGCAGCAUUUGCUCAAACUCCGGCGGAGAUUGCAGAGUGCCGCCCCCUGGGUUUGGUCAGCGAACACAGUUCCGGACACGGGGACUUCUUCGGUGGCGGCAGGGCGCGGCCGCGUCGGGUUUUACAAGGGCAACGUGGUUCACAUCAAGCAUGUCUACAAGAAGAGCGUCGACCUCACACGCAGCAUCCGAAAGGAGCUCAUACAGGUGCGAGAGAUGAGGCACGAGAACAUCACUCCCUUCAUUGGCGCUUGUGUUGACCCACCAAACAUCUGCAUCCUGACCCUCUUCUGUGCCAGGGGAAGCCUCGAGGAUGUGCUGAAGAACGACGACCUCGAUCUCGAUAGCAUGUUCAUCUCAUCUCUUGUGGCGGACCUUAUCAAGGGCAUGAUCUACAUCCACGACAGUGAGGUGAUGUCCCACGGCAACCUGCGCUCAUCGAACUGCCUGGUGGACUCGCGUUGGGUGCUUCAGAUCUCGGACUUUGGGCUGCAUGAAUUCCGCGCGGCUCAGACAUGCAUUCCACAGGUGGUCUCCGAGAACGCAUACCGAGGCCUCCUGUGGCGUGCGCCUGAGCUACUGCGGUCGCCCAGUCCACCGGCGCGUGGAACGCAGAAGGGCGACGUGUAUUCUUUUGGCAUCGUACUCUACGAGAUCAUUGGUCGCCAAGGACCCUGGGGCAACAAGGCCCCAUCGACAAAUGAGGUGAUUGAGCAAGUGAGGCGGCGAAGCAGCGUCCCAUUCCGUCCACCCGUAGACUGCCUGUCCUGCGCCGACUACGUGCUACGGUGCAUGCAAGAGUGCUGGGACGAGAACCCCGACAGCAGACCCGACUUCCGUUUCAUCAACGUGAAACUGCGACAAAUGCAAGCCGGCCUGAAGGCCAACAUCUUUGAUAACAUGAUAGCCAUGAUGGAAAAGUACGCAAGCAACCUGGAGAGCCUGGUUCAAGAGCGCACCAUGCAACUCCUUGAAGAAAAGAAAAAGACGGAACGUCUCCUGCACCGUAUGCUGCCAAGGUCAGUGGCUGAGCAACUGAAGCGAGGCGAGCGAGUGGAGGCCGAGAGCUUCGACAGUGUUACCAUCUACUUCAGUGACAUCGUUGGAUUCACAGCACUCUCGGCUGUGUCAUCGCCGCUCCAGGUGGUGGAGCUGCUGAACGACGUCUACACAUGCUUCGACUCGAUUAUCGGUGCCUACGAUGUCUACAAAGUGGAGACAAUCGGCGACGCCUACAUGGUGGUCAGCGGGCUGCCGCUCCGCAACGGGCUUCGUCAUGCCGGACAAAUAGCCUCCAUGGCCCUGCACUUGCUUGGCGCGAUACGGUGUUUCGAGAUUCGCCACCGUCGAGGAGAACGGCUGCAACUGCGCAUCGGAAUUCAUUCUGGUCCCUGCGUAGCCGGAGUGGUGGGGCUGAGGAUGCCGAGGUACUGCCUCUUCGGUGACACCGUGAACACAGCCUCCCGGAUGGAGUCUACCGGAGAAGCCCUGAGAAUACACGUGAGUGAGGCGUGCAAGGAAAUCUUGGAGAAACUUGGCGGCUACUACCUCGUCGAGAGGGGUCUCAUACCUAUCAAGGGCAAAGGAGAGAUGCGCACGUUCUGGCUUCUGGGCAAGGAAGGUGGAGACCCCGCGGCGGCUCCAGCGCCCAUUGAGCCUGGCGCAGACGGUUCCGCGGCGUCGCUGGCCGAUGCCGCCAGCACCGGGAGCGCCGAGGCACCGGCGGUCCGAGACGACCUGCUUGCGACAGUAGGUGGCCGCGGCGUCACGAACGAGGAGGUCAGCUGCCUGCUCGCCGACGGUGUGCAUGGCAACAGUUCUAGCAGCCCACGCCGAUACGUGGCCGCCACGCACAACGGCAGCUGCCUGAGCCUCUUCAACGAGUGCAAACGCAGCCUACUCAAAGAGCUGCGCAGGGACUACUGCACUAGGCCGACGGGAUACCGAUCGGCACCGAUCAUUGUCUGUCGUGACCGACCGUCCGUCGAACCCUGCUGAGUACGGCGGGUGUGACAUGAAUGUGGUUUCAUGAGCGUAUGCGUGUGUUAGUGCACGCGUUCGUGGGUCAAGCGACUGUGACCACUACCCGCACCUGGUGCUGCUGCAUUCCGUCGAGGAAACGCUGAACAGCGCCGGGGUCGGUCGUCCGCCGACAAACGCACCGCAUGCCGGACAUGCGCUGUCGUUUACGUGGUGGUUGACAAAUGCUACAUGACACUAAAGAAGGUUCUUUUAUGCUUUGUGGUGAUCGUAAAUGGCUAG